CAACCAGUCUCUUUGCUCUCAGUACACUUGUCAAGGACACUGUUUUCUUCAAGUGUGUAACAACUGCGCAUUAUGCCAAGUAGAGAUGAUAACACACAAUAGAACAGCCAUCCAGGUCCACAGAUUGGGUAGCCUAUCUGUCCAAACUGGCACUUGUCAGUCUUUCGGUUGAAGGAGGGAUUUUCACGCCCCAUCACAGCUAUGGCCAGUCUGGUGUGGGGAGGUCAGGGCCGAGAGUUCUUCAAGAAGCACAAGGGGGAGCUUGAGAUGCGUCUUGAUGUCCUUGCACCUCUUCUUAUCCACCUGGAGAGUGGCGGGGUCCUCUCUCGCCUGGAGAGGGAAGAGGUAGAAUGCAAAACAACCAGCCAGAGUAAGAACUUUGCCCUCAUAACCAUGCUGGAGAAGAAAGGAGCCGUAGCGCAAGAGAGGUUUUAUGAGGCUCUCAAGAAACACAACCCUCUUUUGGUGGAGGAUCUUCAGUGCUCAGCAGUGCCUGAGACACAGCAAGGAAGAGAUGUUCCUCCUCCUGGGCAGAUCCAGUUCACUUCAGUGCAGCCAGACUCUGUGUCCUUUAGCUGGUCACCACCAGAGGGCGCCCCUGGACCGCACAGGUUCAGAGUGACCUGGAGAGGAGGUGAAAAGCAGCACAGCAUAGUAGUGGCAGGUUUGGGUCUGAAGGUGACAGAACUUAUUCCAGGAGAGAAGUAUAACUUUGCUGUGGCCACCCUCAGUGAAGAUGGCUAUCAGAGCUCAUGUGUAGAGAGAUCUGUUCACACAGAUGUUCCUCCACCAGAGAAUCUCACUGUGGAUUUGAGGUCAUUGGAGGCCUCUGUGAGGUGGACCAAACCUGCCAGAGUGGACCGGGCAUCUUACCUGCUGGAGCUUCAGAAUCAGAAUCAUCAGAAGAGCAUAGAACCCAUACACAGAGAUUCCCCCAAUUAUACAAUCACUGGCCUAUAUCCUGGAGGAGAUUACAGCAUCAGUGUGUACACUGUACUGAACAAUGGCUGUCAAAGCAAACCAAGCAGCCAAAUCUUUAAAACAGAGAUUCCAGUCCCAGAGAGUCUGGCUGUGGGAUCCAUCACUACAUCAUCUGCUAGCCUCAGCUGGGAGGUGCCUCCUGAGAUGAAGCAGACCCCACACAGCUUCCUGGUCUCUUACCAGAGUGAAGGGGCUGAGCCACAGUCCAUCUGUACUGAGUCAUGCAGCGCAGACAUCACAGGCCUGAAAUCAGGAAGAGACUACACUGUUAGACUCUACACACAACUCCAACAUGGAGGAAAGAGCCAGGCUGUUUCUGUUCACUUUAAGUCAGGUCCAUCUCUGAACAUUGUGUUGGUUGGAACGACUGGCAUGGGAAAGAGUGCUGUGGGCAACACCAUCCUGGGGAGAGAAGCAUUUCACUCAGAUAACUCAGCCACACAAGUGUGUGAUGGAGUAUGUGAUGGAGUUAGUAUGGGUAGCCUGAGACCGGUUAAAGUAAUCAACACACCUGCUAUUUUAGAGACAGAUAGAGAUGCAGAUGUUAAAAAGGUAGUGAAAUGCAUUAAAUACUUGUGUCCAGGUCCUCAUGUAAUCCUGCUGGUGAUUGCAGUGGGGAAGUUCAGUAGGGAGGAACAGAAUUCAGUCAAAGCCCUACAAGAGCUCUUUGGGGAGAGAGCUGCAAAGUACAUGAUGAUCCUGUUCACUCACAGUGAUGAACUGCAUGGCCAGACUAUUGAUGAAUAUCUGCACUCUGCCCACCCCAAACUAAGAGGGGUGAUAAAGAGCUGUGGUGGAGAAUACCAUGUGUUCAACAAGAACAGUGACCACACACAAGUUGUAGAGCUGGUCAAUAAAAUAGAUGAGAUGAUUAACAGAAAAAGGGGAGGAGGUCACUUCACUGAGGAGAUGUACGAAGAGGUGAGGAUGCCCGAACUAAAGACGAUGGCACCCAUUCGGAAGAAGCUAGUCAUUGUUGGUGGUUAUGAAUGUGAGAAGACAAGUUUGCUCAUACUUCUCACCAGAGGUGAGUUACCUGAAGUGUAUAUCCCCACUGUAUUUGAAAACUGUUUUACUGAUAUUGAAGUUGAUGGGAAACAGGUGGAGCUGGCUCUGUGGGACACAGCAGGCCAGAAGGACUACGACAGACUGCGACCCCUGUCUUACCCCGGCACGGACGUCAUACUCAUGUGCUUCUCCAUAGAUAGCCAAAACAGUUUGAAGAGCAUUCCAGACAAGUGGGCUCCGGAGGUCAAACACUUCUGCCCGACGCCUCCCAUCGUCUUGGCUGGAGCACACCAAGGUAGCGCAAGAUGGGCAGUGUUGAUGCGAAGGGCCAUGUCCCAACCUCCUCUUUUUUAA